AUGGCAUCUCAUUUAAUUACUGAGGCUUAGAUACCAAUCCUAGAAUCCCUUGAUUCGAAUGCAGCUAAGAAAUUGAAGGAGAUGUGCAGAGACAUAGAGGAAUCUCAACGCUAUUAUAGAACCAGCAAACAAGCUUUUUUUAAGGCUUUUAAAAUAGUUGUCGAGCAAAUCUCAUCUGAUUUUAGAAAUCUACAGUAGAAAUUUGAAGAAUACAUAGCCUAUCAUGAGAAUGAGACUGAAGUAGUAAAUGCUUAAAAUAAAUUAGUCUUUUUUAGGAAUGAAUGUUAAGUGUUAAACAAGUUAUGCACUGAAUUGAAAUGUGAAAACUAGUAACUCAAAGUUAAAAUCAAAGAAAUUGAAUAGGAAGUUAAUAAUUAGAAAAUGAUAUUACUAAAAUAAGCAACCAAAAAUUCUUAAUUGCAACAGUUAAUCCUAUUUUAUAAAGAAAAAUAAGAGGCUUUAAAUUAAUAAUAUAAACAUCCAAAAAACGAUUCAGUAAAAUUUCACUCCUUAAUCAAUAAAGACGCAAACCUGAGGGUGCCUCAAUUGAAAUUGCAUCACCGCUAUCACACUGAGAUCUAAGAAAAUGAUCAUAACUCUAUAAUAACAUACAGUUAGAAACAUUAGACCAUCAACAUUUGCAAAACUAGCAAACCAAAACCUAAUUUAAUUCUGUUGAAUAGAACAACUGACGAUAUAUUAGAGACACAAACAGAAAAGUAAAAUAUGAAAUAAUUUGACCAAUUUUAUGAGAGAUCUUAUAAAUCAAGAACAAAAUCUCAAUAGUAAACAAUGAAAAUACAUGAAAACAGUGAGACAACCCAAAAGACUCAAGAAAUCUCCUCAUCUCUUAUCAAAAAUAUUAGAGUCAAUCCUUCAUAUUAUUAGCAAAAUCUAACUGUUUCCUCUUGAUUUAUUUUUAUUGUGGCAUCACAUUUUUAAAA